AUGGGUAGAGUGAUGCAGACAGCUGCGUUCUCGCUUGCUGAAGUGACGUAUGCCACUGGUGAGAAUAUCGGGUACCAGGUGCAAGAGUCGGUCAAGAGUGCUCGAUUUCGAGUGCGUGCUCACCAGGAGAACGUAUCUGGUGUUUACCUGCCUCAGUUUGAGGCAUAUUACGACGAUAAUAGCAACGAUUUCCAGAUGACCGGUUUAGGACGAGGUGGUCAGCAGGUGCAGAGAGCCAAGUACGUGUACUCACAGGCCGUUGAGACGCUUGUGGAGCUCGCAUCGUUGCAAACGGCUUUUGUGAUUCUGGACGAGGUCAUUAAAGUGACGAACCGUCGUGUCAACGCCAUUGAGCACGUCAUUAUCCCCCGUACUGAGAACACAAUUGCGUAUAUCAACAGUGAACUCGACGAGUUAGAUCGUGAGGAGUUCUACCGACUCAAGAAAGUCCAGAACAAGAAACAACGUGACAACGAGAUCCUCGAGGCCGAGCGUAAAAACCGCAAGAUUGCCGAGGGACUCGCCAAAGCCGGCGACGGCCCCGUCAGCGACAAAACCGCAACUGCGGUUUCCGGCGACAUCGACCAGUCACCCAGCGAUCUCCUCGGCGACCAGGAAGACGAGGACGUCAUUUUCUAA